GUGAUUGUUAGAUUACUUUUGAGUGUUAUUUAGCUAAUAAUUUUUUCAAUAAAAUAUCGUUUGUUAUUCAUUUAUUUUCAUUUCACAUUUUAUUCCAAUAAGACGUAUAGUAUUACAAUUUUAUUAAACAAAAUGAUUGUUACAAAACAAAAUCUUCGACUCGUAGUCGGAGUAUUAGUCAUUUAUUGCUGUAUUGAAUCUACUGUAGGUGGAUCAAUUCGUCAUGUGUUCAAUAAUGAAGAAGAGACGACUGCUGAUACUACAACUUUAUCUCCCACUCCCAGUGAGACCAGUGGGACCGACCCUGUAACCGAAACAACAGAAAAGCAUCAUCAUCAUUAUUCAAAACCACAUAGGAAAACGACUCCAACAGGAAGUCCAUCGACGACGACAUCGGCAGAGGGCUCAUCGACCCCGGUGGGCUACAUUGACUAACAUCUUAGACUAACACUACUGCAAAACAUCAAUAAAAAUGUAAACACUUUUAGACAAUACGUAUAACUAUGAAUUUGUAUAAAUUAAACCCAAUUAAUUUCACUCAAGUAUAAAAUAAAACAAGCAAUUCCGAACA